AUGUGAACGAAGCGCAUUCCUUCCCGAUUUGCCUCCCGCAGACGCUCGUAUGAAUGACAGGACUGGCAGGGAAACAACUGUGGAUAUCACCGCUAUGUUAAGGAAGGAUACAGGAAUCUCCUACAUAUAGGCUGAGUCCAUAGUAAGCUGGGAAUAUGAUGAAGUAACUGACAUAUCAGAGGAUAGCCAGUCUCAGGCCAACCCACAGUCUUACCACUUGCAAUAUAAAGUGGCAGACACAAAAGAUUUAUUGUCAAACAGAUCAGUUGAAAGCCAAAUAACCUCACUAUCAGGGAGUCUGAAAGAUUUUUCCCUUAAGGAGUCUGAGCCACCAAUCAGCAAGAUGGAUCCUGCUGAGAUUGCUUCCUUGAAUGAAAAUGAUUUUGAGUCAGAAUUAGAAGAAAAGGGUGGUGAGGCCACUCAAUCUGCCUCUCAUGAUGGCCAAUUGGAUCCACCGUCAACUAGUGAUGGAGGUGGUACCUCUGGUGGUGGUGGUGAACAGGUGAGCCUACAAAAUGGGGAGGAAGGCCAAGUAGAGGAUCUGGAAGAGAAUGACACUGACUAUCUGCCAGGUCCUUCUCAUGCCCCCCCUCCCCCUCACCUUGCUCCUACCUCACCCCACCACCAAGGCCACCCCAUGUUUCAAAUAGGUGACGAAACGGAUGAGGACGGCAAUGCAGAUCCACCUGCCAUCAGUGAAACUGGUGGACCUGGCCCUGGGCAGCCAUUACCUCUGGCUAGGAUAGCCAACAGCCCAGGCAGAGAUGACGAAGAUGAUGAGGAAGAUGACGAAGAUGAUGAUGAUGAUGUUCAUGCUCCAGCACCAGAAGGAGCAUAUGACCCAGCAGACUUUGAGCACUUGAAUGUAAGUCCAGAAAUCGAAGACCUAUUUUCCUACAUCACACGCUACACGCCCCAGGCCAUUGAAUUGGAGCAUCGGCUACGGCCUUAUAUCCCUGAUUACAUUCCAGCUGUUGGGGAUAUUGAUGCCUUCAUCAAGAUUCCACCUCCAGAUGGAAAGCCAACAUUGGUUGGUCUAGAAGUGUUGGAUGAACCUAGUGCACGACAGAGUGAUGCCACUGUUUUAGACUUGCAGCUGCGUGCUCUUGCUAAACAUACAACUGCAAAGUCUGUGACUGUGAAAACUGUUGAAAAUGCUGAAAAGAAUACUAAAGUUAUUGAAAAGUGGGUUCGUGAUAUCAGUGAGCUUCACAGAGCCAAGCCUCCACCAACUGUCCAUUACAGCAAACGGAUGCCAGACAUUGACAGCUUGAUGCAAGAAUGGCCGGGGGAAGUAGAAGACUUGCUUAAGGAAAUAAAUCUACCAACAGCAGCUCUUGAGUUGGACUUGACCUCUUAUGUGGACAUCAUAUGUGCUACUUUGGAUAUCCCUGUAUACAAGAGUCGGAUUCAGUCGCUGCAUGUUCUCUUCACAUUAUACUCUGUCUUCAAGAAUUCAGCACACUUUAGACAGUUGGCAGAGGAAAAUUACAUUGAGAAUGAUGAUUCAGAAGCUGAUCGUUUAAUAAUCCAGUAAAACAAGUAUGUUUGCUUUCAUGUCAGUAGUGUCAUGUAAGAAAACAAUUUAUUUUGCCAAAUCUCAUGUGAAUAAUAACCUUUUGAAUAGUUCUUGCACAGGGCAAACUCUAAAACAAAGUUUUUGGAGAACUUAUGUAAUCAUGACUACUCAGAUGCACCAUAUUAAAUUAUACAUUGAAGUCCUUGUAUGCAUGUUAGGUGAUAAUUAAACAAAGUUUAAUUAGUUUGUGUUUCCUCCACCCACACAUAAACUUAAAGGUCUGUGCCAGCCUCAUCAGGCUGCAAGUUAACAUGAAUGCCCCAAACUAUCAGCUUAGAUUUGACAAGUUUCAGCCCUGUCCAUAUUAAAAUAUCCAAAGAUGUCUUUGGACCACAUAUUCACAAACAUGCUAUGGCCAAUGAGAGUGAAUAAGUUGUAGGCCUCAGGGGCACAACUAAGUCAUAUAAAUAUUGACCAUUAAGUGUAUUGAAUACACCAUCCAUUAUCAUUUUCUUGCUUGGUCUCUGUAUCUUUCAGAGAAUGAUACCUGUGAGAUUAAUUUUAAUGGAUCACAUUGUACUGACUUUAAGAUAUAAACAAUCAGUAUAAAAAAAACCAUUA